AAGUGUCCUGCAAAUUGGUCACGUUUCCGAAAUCAGUGCUACAUCGCCAGAACGGGAGGCUUCACACACCACCACUCAGAAAUAAUCUGUGCAGCUCUGCGAGGUCGACUCGUUUGGUUCAAUCGACGAAACCGACAGUCGUUCCUUGAUGAAAUCAGAUUUGUUGACGGUCUCGCAUUGGCAGCCGGUGCAAAGCUCUAUUGGAUUGGACUGAACAAAGUUGGUCAAAACUGGAUCUGGACCAACGGAAAGGUGGCAACACUAACCAAUUGGAGAGGCAGUGAACCGGACGGAUGUUGCUCAUCAAAUGUGACGUGUGCUACUGCUGGUUAUCGAGGUGCGAGAGGUUUAUGGGAUGACACAGGAUGUCAGCGAGCAUGGUCAACUGAUCAUGGAUUCGUUUGCAAACGGCCGACCCGUCCGUGA